AGAUAAGUCCAUGAGAUUAGGGUUUAGGAGAGGAAAAAGCAAGAGAGAUGGCGAAAUUCAACGUAGUACAGAAGAGAAGGAGAGCAGCGAUAGCAGAGAGGAAAAGAGCGACAAGUGGGGAACCUUUCACCGGUAAGCUCAAGCGUAAGCCCCAACCUCUCUCCAUCUCCGGUAAGCGCAAGCGCAAGCUAUUCAAGAAAUGGCGCAGAGAACAGAAAGAUGCUAUGGGGAAGGGCCUUGUCACAAUGCAAGAUGUCGAGAUGGCUGUUGCUGAAGGCACAUCCCUGGAUUCCGAUAAACAUCACCCCCAAUUUCACUUAAAGAAGAGUCUCAAGCUUAAAGUCAAACAAUCAAAGAAAAAAGGUAAGAACGAACGAAAAUCAAAUAAGGCAGCUUCAGAGACUCCAGCCGAUGCCAUGAUGGAAUAAAUGGUGAGGAAACUGCAGGCAUCCAACAAAACUGUGAAGGAUUACCUAAGAUUGACAAAGGUGUCUUGUAGUCUGACCCAUAUUGGUCUAAAUCAUUGUAGAACUCUAUAUUGGUUGUAAUUUUUUUGGUGCUAGAUGUUUGUUAAUCACA